AUGUUAUCGACAAUAUUAGCCGGUAUUUGCCUUCUACUGCUUGUCGUAUACUUAUUUUUGAUUUGGCCCUAUGAUUAUUGGCAGAAACGCGGAGUGAAUGGGCCGAAAUCCUUACCAUUUGUUGGAAAUUAUUUGAGUACUUUAACCCAGAAGCGGAAUAUUGUCCUUGAUAUUCAGGAUGUCUAUGAUAAACAUAAACAUACCGAUAAUUUUGUGGGAAUUUUUUCCGCACGGACGCCACAAUUACUAAUUACCAAUGCCAAUAUGGUCAGGCGAAUUCUGGUCUCAGACUUUAAAAAGUUUCACGAUAAUUAUUUUACAACAAUGAUUGACAAGAAAUCGGAUUUCAUAUUUGGAAAUAAUCCCUUUAUGUUAACUGGCGAUGAGUGGAAGGAAAGGAGAGCUGAAGUAACUCCAGGUCUUACAAUGAACAGAAUAAAAAAUGUUUUCCCGGUCACCGAAAAGAUAUGCAAAUCCAUGGUAGAAUAUAUUGCCCAACAAUCGUUAAUGGCUAGCAAGGAUGGCAUUAAUGCAAAUGAGCUCAGCUUACGUUUCACCUGUGAAGUUGUCACCGAUUGUGUUUUGGGUGUAAAGGCCGAAGCCUUUAGCAAAAAAUCCAGUCUUAUUUUGGAGAAGACCAAAAACAUCUUCGAGCAAACCCCUACCUUUAUAAUUUAUUCCAUUUUGCAUGGACUCUUCCCAUGGAUUCAGAAAUACAAGAAAGUUAAUUUUGUUCCCAAGCCAAUCGAAAUAUUUUUUGUCGAUCUAAUGCAAAAUGUCUUGAGUAUGAGAAAAGCUCAAAUCGAAGAGGGCAUUAAUGUGGAUCGUGUCGAUUUUCUAAAUUACAUGCUGCAUUUGCAAGAGAAAAAAAAUUUGGAUCUCAAGGAGUUGACCGCGCAUACAAUGACAUUUUUACUGGAUGGGUUUUUGACAACUGCUAACGUACUGUCACAUUGUUUAUUACUGCUGGGCCGUGAUUCAAAACGUCAACAAAUUUUGCGUGAGGAAAUCACAGAAAAUUUGAAAAAUAUCAAUGAUUUUGAGAAAAUUAUGGAUUUGCCAUUUCUCGAUGCCUGUAUUCAUGAAACUCUUCGUUUAUUCCCACCCGUCAGCUUCAAUUUUAAAAUGUGUACCGAACCCGCUGAAUUGGAAAACUCAAAUGGCCAUAAAUUACAUGUCGAACCGGGAACCGCUAUUGUUAUACCCACCCUAGCCAUUAUGACGGAUGAAACUCAUUAUGAAAAUCCACUAUCCUUUGUUCCAGAACGUUUCCUCAACGGUGGUCUCAAACGCUACAAAGAACAAGGUCUAUUUCUGGGAUUUGGUGAUGGACCACGUAUUUGCUUGGGAAUGCGCUUUGCUUUAGCACAACUCAAAACAGCCCUAGUUGAAAUCAUUAGAAAUUAUUAUGUUCACAUUAAUCCAAAGACCCGCCAGGACAACAAGUUUGAUCCAACAUAUUUUAUGUUGCGACUUGAUGGUGGCAUUUGGUUGGAUUUUGAAAAACUGAUAAAAUGA